AAAAUCCUAAUAGACUUUCCGAGUAAAGUCAACUAAGUCAGCAUAAAUUAUUCAGUUCAGUGUAGUUUCUUAUAUUUUAAAUUGCCAUUAUGUACAACCGUAGAGCCACCACUAGCAUCCUUGAAGAGGCGGUAAAAUAUGUUUAUCAGUAUCCUCUGUUGCCGGUUCCACUGAUCGAUUAUGGCUUCAUCUACAAUCUGGUGUGCAAGAAACCCCGGGAUGUCAGUCUGCCGUUGAUCCUCGAAGUGCCAACGGAGUGUAAGUCCAAGUCCAGUGCCUCUGAGAAGCCAAAGAAGGUAGCCCGACUCUCAUAUCAUUCACGAUCGAGCUCAAUGAGUGAUAAGGAGUCGGAACCGGAAGUGGAGAUCAAAUACCGCUGGAACUCGCCCCGCCUGAUGAUCCUCUGCGAGGACGGGGAUAUCAAUUGUGCCUUGCACUAUCUGAUUGAAUCCCUUCAGGAUCCGUUUUCCUGCAAUGCAGUGGCAACUCUCUUCUUGCAGGAAUCUAUUCUGGAGGAGUUUGUAGAUCGAAUGAAAGAUCGUUUGGAACCACUGAGUUCGGAUAUCUCCGGGCAUCCUGUUUAUGUUAAAACGGUGGAGAGACUGCAGCAACUGCAGGCUAAAACUAUAGUGGGAAAUCCCAAGACGGUUCCCGAGAAUGCGAGUCCCAUUCUGGUCUACGAUCUGUGCCAUCGCUACUUGGCUGACGGGCCCACCGGUGUAAUAACCGUGCACACUUUCAGGACCAUGAAGGAGGCCGUUGAUCUGCAGGCCAAGGAACCACUUCCCUUCACCUCCGUCUGCAUUUGGAACGAGAAGCUGGGAGCCGCCUACGAACUGGUGGCCCGAUUCAGGCCCCUGAUCUUCCUGCUCAACUGCUACUACGUGGACCUGGAUCAAAUCAGCCUGUCAUACAUAUGCAACUUUAACUCCGCCAAGAUCGUAGACGGCUACCACUACGAGUCGCUGACCUUCAAGGAAAAGCGCAAAAUCGUUGUGCAUCCCGUUGGCACCAUCUGGGGAAAGCUGGCCCGGGAGGGCCACAUUCAGUACUGAUCUCUCCCAGCGGGGUCACACCUGGUCACAGCCUUUCGGCUGGUGGGUAAUUUAAAUUACUAGUCAUCGAUCGGGGUCACUGACUAAUUGACUUUCCGGCUGG